AAACCUUGUAAAUAUCCACAAAAUCAAGAAAUUCUAACUAUGCUGUUGAAGACAAGAGGACACAAUGGUUGAGCCACGUAGGACCAAAGUUUCUUCUAUUGGCUGAUGACUUGUGAUGUAGUUGUUUCUACUGAGGAUAUUAAAAUUAGCACAGGAUGUGAGAAGUUAGCUCUGUCUAAAGCUUUAACAGAUAAAACCAAAAUAAUUGUCUACUAUUGGGGUUGAGCAUGACUUACCUACCCUAGGAUACACUGAACACUGGAGAAGAAGUACAAAUAAUGGACGAGCGUCGAGUUGCAGACUACUUCAUCGUAGCUGGUUUACCGGAGAACCCGUUGCCCCUGGAGGAGUAUGCAAAUGAAGCGGUCAUAAAACCAACCUACAAACAGGAUCCUAUCACAGACAUCAGCGUUAUCAACAAGACACUAGGAGAAAAAGUUCCUAAAGGAUUUACCUGUCUCGAGAGAACAGUUGACGGGUUUCCUGCCGAUCUCAACCAUGGCAGUUUGCGAUGUGCAGAAAUGUAUCUGUGUUUCCGCAGGAGUAGAGACAAAACACCUCUUACAGAUGUAGGUGUUCUGUAUGAGGGGAAAGAGCGUCUAAUGUCUGAAUGCGAAGUGGUACAUACAACACCAUUUGGAAGCCCAGCCAAUGUCAACAACAGUAGUAAUGGUCGUACCUACAUCACAUAUCGCAGGGCAAAGGAAACAGCUGCCAGUGACACUCUGGCUGUUGUGGAUAUCUGUGUUGUACUCACCAACAAGGGAGAAAAACAACCUCAUGCUUAUCACAGAAUCGAGAAGAAUCUUAACAGAGGAAUGGUGGGAUCUGAUGUCUUCCUCUGUUACAAAAAGGCAAUGACUAAGAUGGAUGUUCUGGCCUAUCAGCCAGCCUGUUUGGAUCGGUACCCGAGAGAGGACUAUUUGAGUUUCCCACUGCCAGAGUCAGUUCCUCUAUUCUGUCUACCCAUGGGGGCCUCCAUAGAGUGUUGGUCUGCGAAAGCCCAACAUCCUCUGCCAGUUUUCUCCACAUUUGUACUGACAGGGUCAGCUGGUGAACAGCUUUAUGGUGCUGCUGUAACAUUCUAUGAAGAAUUUCCAGAAGAAAGACUCACAGAUCUUCAAAAACGCCAUCUUGGACUUAAGAACAAACACAUUCGGGAACAGUACCGCAUCCUGAAAACUGUACAUGCUCACAAAAGUAUCUGCUUGCUUUCCCAUUGGCCCUUCUUUGAUGCUUUCCGCAAGUUCCUGAUAUAUCUGUACCGCAUUUCCAUCACGGGACCCCACUCUGUGCCCCUGGAGAGACAUAUUUCCCACUUCAUGUAUGAUGUUCCGUACCCUUCUCCUCAGAGGCCUCGCAUUCUGGUCCAGCUGAAUCACGAGGCCCUGUGUUUGUCUAUGCCUGAGGAUUCACCAUUACCACAGACUGGUGCUUCGUAUAUUACUAUGCUGAAGAACCUGGGACCUGAAAAAUGUAUGGACCUACUACUACAUGUCUUGUUGGAGCAAAAGAUCCUCUUCCAUUCCUUACGGCCAGCAGUUCUCACCGCUGUGGCAGAGUCGGUGGCUAAUAUACUGUUUCCCCUACACUGGCAGUGUGCCUACAUUCCUUUGUGUCCACUGGGACUCUCCUAUGUCCUUAGUGCACCAGUUCCAUUUAUUGUCGGUGUGGACACUCGUUACUUUGACCUUUACGACCCGCCACCUGAGGUGAUCUGUGUUGAUCUAGACACAGUGGCGAUAUUUCUUCCUGAUGACAAAAAGAACACUUCUCAUAAACAGUUCCCCAAGAAAGCUGUCCGAGUCUUACAUAACACUCUGUACCGACUGUAUGAUGAGCUGUGUGCCCAGCGUUCACACACACACAACAUAGAUGAAAUCUCACUUGAGAUGGCACCCAUUGAUCAUGACUUCAAACGCAAACGAAGGGAGACGCUCAUGGAACUACAGAUUCAGGAAGCUUUUCUGCGUUUCAUGGCCUGCCUCCUAAAGGGAUACAAGCAAUUCCUAAAACCUAUCACCCGUGCUCCUACUCAAAGUACCACAGACACAACAUCUCUUUUCGACAUGCAAGGGUUUUUAAAGAGUAGAGACAAAGCUAAUAUGAAGUUCUACAGUCAGCUUACUAAAACUCAGACUUUCAUCCGAUUCAUUGAGGAGCGAUCUUUCGUGUCAGACAAAGAUGCUAGUCUUGCCUUCUUCGAUGAAUGUACAGAAAAGGUCGAUGAAACUAAAGAAGAACCGAAACUCAUAGAAGUUGAUGAUUCCCAAAACAGUGAGAGAACUGUGUUUAUCCUGCCCCCAGAACCUGUGGGACUUCCUGAGGGUGUCAAAUACAGCUAUAACGGAUUCCCAGAACUGAAGCACGAGUUGUUUAUGAAGAAAAAUGUAUCAGAGUUAUCUCUCCCAACAAAAGGUCCCAUCUGUCCUAACAGUCCCAUUUCGAGGCGCACUAAACAGGAAGUGAGGACAGCACAAAAGAAUGCUGUACAAAACUCGACUGAUCCUAUGUUGUGGGCAAAGUGUCUACUGAGUCACUGCUACAGUCUCUGGUUUAUCCACCUGCCUGCAUACGUGGCUGCUAGUCCGUCCAAAAACAAGGCUCUGAAGGCCGCAUAUGAUGUCCUACAGAAGAUGAAGUUAGCUAAACUCCAGCCUCCUGAUGAGGUAUGCUACAGGGUGAUGUUACAGCUUUGUGGCCAGUACAACAUGCCAGUAUUGGCAGUUAAGGUCCAUUCCCAGAUGAAGAUGGCUGGAGUUCACCCCAAUGCUAUAACUUAUGGAUAUUAUAACAAGGCGGUGUUUGAGGGAACCUGGCCAUCUUCUAGAAGUCGCGGAGCUGUACUAUGGAAGAAAGUACGGAAUGUUAUAUUUGGUGUUGCUCAGUUCCGACGUGCCAUACGUCGACGGAGUAUGUCUCUGUGUUCUAAUUCUGGGAGCGACUAUGACCAGAUAAGCAGGACCAGCAUAGACAGCUUCUUGGAGGAUGCUGCAGAAAAGCAACAAAGUAUUAUAAAGUCAGAUAUAGUGGUAACAGACACCAGUGGAACAAUGAAUGAGCCUCCCACAUCCAGUAUAAAUGAGGAGACCAGUUCAGAAAUGGUAUCGGAUCGUGGUUACAAUUCCAUGACUUAUGAUGAAGCUAAGACAAUUGUGCAAAGUGUGUCUGAGAUGACCAUCCAAGAGGAGACAGGAAAAGGAAGAAAGGAGACUAAGUCUGCACUCCGCUUCAGUUUGCCAAGGAAACAUAGUUCAGUUCGAAAUUCAGGAAAGAAAGAACUUGACUUUCAAGCCAGUGAUGCAGACCCAGUUGUAUUUCGAACUCGAGUUGGAAGCAUUGUACGAAAAUCCCUGGGCAGUAUUGGAAGUAUUGGUAGCCACGAAACAUUAAAAGGCAGUUUGAUGAGUUUAUCAUCUACUGGAUUAAUUAUGGUGAAUGAAAACAUCCAACCUAAUGAAUUUCAAAGGCAGUUAUCCCUUGACAAUAACAAUGGGAAGAGGAAGCGUCACAAGAGUGCUGGUGACUAUAACAAGCCUCGAUCUCAGAGUGUGAGUGAAAAUUGGCGUCCACGACAUGUGAGUGGUGAGGAUCGCCUUUUCCUCAAAUUCAGUGAGCGGAAGAACAGUGAAGAUGAUAUAUUCGAGGUGGACUUGGAAAAACCCGAGGAUAGUGCUCUGUCUGAUGAAAUGAGGACUAGUGAUGACACUAAGGAUAGUGGGGUGGUGUUAGAUGAGUGUCGAGUACAGCUCAGUGACAACAGUGAUACUCAGACUACUUCAUCUAGGCCUAUGUCUAUCCCUAUAGACAUGAAAUCGUCUUCCAUGUCUAAUUCGGUCAGUGCACCGGAGACAAUGGACCCGUCCCCAGCAAUACAUUCCAUAGGAACCCCUGUAACCACAAACGACCCCUUGGGCUUGUUUAUGGACGUCCCUUCAGAUAUACCUACUUCUGAUUCUGUGUCCAAGUUUUCCAGUGAGACUAACGUGACGUAUUCCCAUUGUAUCUCACCACCAUAUGAGAUUCACACACGGCCAGAAUCUAGUGAUCAGUUUGAUUUUCAUGAACCUGUUUCAAAUUCUGGCAACCAUGCUCAAGAGUGCAAUAUUGGUGCUGAGGUGACAAGGACUAGAACAAACAGUGAUAAUAGGAAAGUGUUUAAUCUGGGAUCAGCACAAAGCCUAGACACAGUCAGUGUCACAAGUACUGGCUCCCAGCCUCUCUCUCCAGUGGAUAAAAUCGGAAAGAGACUGAUGGAUAUUGGAAGAACAAAUAGUUCUCCAGGAUCGUUGGAAAACACAGAGAAAUCUGGGCGUGGGUUUUGGCCGGUAAAAGGUUAUUUGCAGUCUUUAUCUUCUUCUUUAAAAAAAUCUAAUGAUUCCUUGGACGAGAAACCAGAAACUAGUCCAGUAGCGACUCCAGAAGCUCAGGGGCCACGAAAAGUAGGAAGCUUUCGAAAGCAUAAUGAACGUUUGAGUGGUGCUUUAAAGAUGGGAUUUGGAGCUCUAGCAAACAAAUUUAGUGAGAUCAAACAGACAAUGAGUACCCCAACAAAGACGGGGUCAAACACAUCACUGUCACACACUGGGGAUUGUGAUAGCAUCAACAGUGAGGAGAGUAACCACAAGGGGGGGCUGGAGGUACCUGCAAGAAAGUCAGCCAUGGGAUCAGACAGAGAUCUACGGCGGGGCGAGACGCAUGAAGAGUCUAAAGAUAAUACCUCUGCAUUGCCUGUUGGAAGUUUCCUGCCUUCUUCAUCAUUUAUGGAGCAGUAUAUCCCCCUGAAGGAAUUUGGAGAGCAUAAGUCUGUGCAUUUCGCUAGUCUGGCUCCUUCACUGAAUGACAUCGCCAUCGAGACAGAAAUCAGCAGCUGUUGUCGCUGUACACGGUGCAAGUCACUGUUGUAUGAUGAGGAAAUCAUGAGUGGAUGGUUGGCAGAUGACUCCAAUCUAAACACAGUGUGUGUCUUUUGUCAGACAAAGCUUGUCCCUAGGUUACAGAUUUAUGUCAAGGACUGGCGAGAUCACUGUCAUAAUACAAAUAUUGAUGAUUUGGAUGUUACUGACCUGGAAGACAGAGUUGAAGAACAUCACCUGCAGGUCGGAGACCACGAUCGUGACUCUGUGUCAGAGAAUUCAACCAACGAUCCGUGGGUCCUACAGGACACCUCAUCAAUGAGUAGUAUGGACAAUAACAACUUCUUUUUCCCUGGAGAAGACAGUCUGGAUGGUGAUGGUCAUACCAGUCCUGUUACACCUCACCGCUCAGCACGCAAGGAUGCUCACCUUGCCGAAGCUGCACGCUGCUCAAGUCCAUCAGGUAUCAGUGGUAGUUCAGAGUUCAAUGUGACCACGCGGCGACGCUGUACAAGUGAAUGCCUCACCAGUGCUACAGAUGUGAUGUUUGGUACUUCAUUUGACUCUAUGGAUAACUACCAGAACCAGUUUGUACGCUCUCCGCUCAACAUUUCUAUAGAGGAAGACAAUGAGCUACCAACACGACCUUCAGAUCUACCGGAGAUGAAAAAGGAUUUCAUGGAGAGGGGUACAACAUCUAUGGAUCCUAUUACUGUUCCCUAUCUUAGCCCUCUGGUACUGCGAAAAGAACUAGAGAACAUUCUCAACAGUGAGGGCGACAUGUCUCUCAGCGUAGACGUCUUCCUGGAUGAACAUCCCAUAAUAUUCUGGAACCUGGUUUGGUACUUUAAGCGAAUUGAAGUACCAAGUCACAUGCCUGGAUUGUUGUUAACAGCUAAAUCUACAAAUCCAAAACCGGUUAAGUCUACAGCUGUGUACACAAGUCAGCAUGUGCUAAUACGACCACUAUGGGACAAUAUUCGUAUUCAUGAUGAGGUUGGACUCCCUAUGUACAAACUCUGGAAUGAAGGUCACAGUUCGCAUACUGUAGAUGCCUUGAUUACAGAACAGCAGCCAUUUAACAGAGCAACACUCCAUCAGAUAAUUACCAGUAUUCAGUGUAAUGACGUCCUAUCACCUAUCAAAAUGAUAGGUAAUUGUCGCCGGCGUCACAGGUUGAGAAAACCCAAAUACAGAAGUUUGUACCGUGAUAUGUUGUUUCUGGCCUUCACAGCAUGUGGCAGAGAAAAUAUAGAUCAUGAUGCAUUUGAUAGAGAAUACAGACAAGCCUUUAACAGAUUAUUAGGAAUGGAGGUUAAACGUUUACAGCGCAAUGAUCGUCCAAGAAAGACAAAGGUUAUUUGGUGUCGCAAGGUGUUCGGGGAAUUAGAAGUGUAACAUCUGUGGAAGGACACUGUUUAAACUACAGGUACCUCAUCUCAAUACUCCAGGUGUAUCAAUCACUUUCAUUCUCCUACCCCUGGAACAUUUUCUGGCAAAGUUGAAGGUUCUGUGUGUAAGAAGACUAGUUUGAUCCUUUGAUGUACAUCAAACGGACCUUGAGGUUGUGUAAUGGUAUGUUUGACUACCUUUGAAGUUGGGUGUCACUCCUUUGGUAGUUUUUCGGAGACAAAGUCUCAUGGUGACCAAUCACCUUUAUCUGGCCUCGUGGAUCUGUAAGUGAUUUAAUAUUUUCGACUUCUUCUCAAAAAACCCUGAUCCAAUUUCAAUGAAAUCUUCAUGAACCAAAAAUUAUGAGUUAUAUAGUGCCCACCUUUCAGGGGCCUGAGAGGUGGGGCCAAAAAUGGUCAAAUUGACUCAGAUAUGGUACAAUCAAAUACUCUUCUUGAAUGGAAGCAUCUUGAGGUGCAUUACCAAAAUUAUGAAUUUCAUGGCCCCAGGGUCUCACAUUUCCCCGUGGGGAGGGGGUAAAAUGGACUGUAUUUUAUAUAGGAAAAAUAUAUUUUUUUGCAUAAUUUGUUUAAUUUUGUGGUUAGAAUUAUGAGUGAAGGAUAACGCCUUGAUUGUAUGUGCAUAUUGAUCCUGACUGACCCCUAGGGGCUGAUAGGUGGGGCAAAAAGGGGUCAAAUUGACUUAAAUUUCAAAGAUCUUUUACUCAACACCCAGAUAUAGUAGAAUCAAAUGCUUACAGCUACAAAUUCCCUGGUUUAUGAAUACAAUUUGACCAUGACAAGUGAAACAUGAAAUUCAGAAAUACUCGAAAUUUUAGUACAAUAUUUGUAUUAAGCUGUAAUUGUCAUAAAUAAUUGUGAACCAUUCACAAAGUUGAGCGAAUCAUUUAAUUCAGCAUUGGGAUGGGAUUUGUUGUUAAAUAUUUUUGAGGACCAGUCCCUAAUGUAAACAAGAUUGUUUUCGUUUAAUUUUGUGAUUAUUAAUAUUAUAGAAUAGUCAGCGUAAAUAAUAUAUCACUUAAAAGUGGAUGUUAUCGGAGUGUCUCCCUGACAAUAAAAAGAAACCUUAGACUGCUUAAAUAUUUUGAUAUCGGCAUAUACCUUUUGUGGCCAUCUGCAUCCUCCAUAUUGAAAAGACAUUUCCUUAACAGGAACACAGCAGUGAUAUCAGCCUGUGAUUGGUCAGUUUUUUUUCUUCUCCUGAAACCAGCUCUAGACCAGUCAAGUAAGGUCUCUAGAGCCUUCAAUUUUGCCAUAAAAUGUUCCGGGGUUCAGACAGUUAUAGUGAGCAAGGAUGCAGAUACCUGGAUUUCUGUGAAGGACAAGUGGUACAAGUUUUUACCUUUCUUUCGUCAGUGACAGUAAAUGGUAGGUGUCUGAUGACAAAACCCAUCCUGAUGAAGACAGGUUUGACAUUCAAGGAUCACCAGAAAUAUACUGUAUGUACAUACAGGAAAGUGCAAUGCCAAAUUUCUAUUUUGUGACAGUUUUGUGUUGUAAGUAAACAGUAGUGGCUUUUCUUUUCGGGACAUAAGUUUUUCUAUGCUUUAUGAAAGUUUAUAAGAGAGUGUGGCUGUGCUUAAAAAUCUUAAUUUAUUCCAUUCAUUAUUAUAUUUAAGCCUAUUGUUAAUUGUAGGAAUCCAAAUUUUGUUUCUCUUUAUUUGUCCUUUGAAAAAUGAUGUGAUGUUUCCCACAGGAUAUUUCUGUUUAGCCAUUGUAGGAACAGUGGCUUAACGAAAACAUUACCAAAAGUAAAUCUGAAUUUCUAUAUUUGUAGCUUAGGUAAAAAUCAAAUUGAACAUACUUGGGAGAGUGAGAAUUUCAAGGCUUAGAUGGCCAUGUAGAUUUAGAAAUCAUGGAUUAACUUCUCGCCGUAUUGUGAAUCACUAUUUUUUUAAAUUACCUAUUUACAGAAUUACCUUGACAAGGAUUUGAUUGGGUUCUGGUGUUAACAUAAACAUCAUUCCUGAUCAGUCACAAGUUUCUUUAGUUUGGUCGGUUAUUAAAGAUUCCCAGAUCCUGAUUGCUAUAUACAAUUCCUCUUUACUACCAUCUCCCAUCAGAAUAGAAGGUUUGUGGUUAGUCAUCUGAUUGGUUCCAGGAAAAUCUCUUGUAUUGCGAAUAUGAUACUUCACUUUGUAGCUGAUCGAGAUGAUAUACCCUAACUAAAGCUAGUUGACCUUUCAAGCUGCAGCGUAGUUCCGUUUGUCUUUAUCAAAGAGAUCACCAGUAUUCCAACAUUCCUAGAUUUAUCAGCUAAUAUCAUCUACAUAGUGACGUUAACAGAAUCCUUAGUCUUGUCAUUAUCCAAGAGCAUUGAUCAAGAACAGAACUUAGGAUGACCAAUGUUAUUAGUGUUUUGGCUGUUGUCGUGCAUAGCACAUAAAAUUUUCACUUAAAAUUAUAAAAUAAUUGUUAUCAGUACCACUACUGCUUUUGUAUAUUUAUAGGACUUUACACUCAGAUGACAGUUAUAGGACUCCGCUGUCGGGUGACAGUUAUAGGACUCCAUUGUCAGAUGACAGUUAUAGGACUCUGCUGUCAGAUGACAGUUAUAGGACUCCGCUGUCAGAUGACAGUUAUAGGACUCCGCUGUCGGGUGACAGUUAUAGGACUCCGGUGUCGGGUGACAGUUAUAGGACUCCACUGUCAGAUGACAGUUAUAGGACUCCGCUGUCAGAUGACAGUUAUAGGACUCCGCUGUCAGAUGACAGUUAUAGGACUCCGCUGUCGGGUGACAGUUAUAGGACUCCAUUGUCAGAUGACAGUUAUAGGACUCCGCUGUCGGAUGACAGUUAUAGGACUUCGCUGUCGGGUGACAGUUAAAGGACUCCGCUGUCGGGUGACAGUUAAAGGACUCCGCUGUCGGGUGACAGUUAUAGGACUCCGGUGUCGGGUGACAGUUAUAGGACUCCACUGUCAGAUGACAGUUAUAGGACUCCGCUGUCAGAUGACAGUUAUAGGACUCCGCUGUCAGAUGACAGUUAUAGGACUCCGCUGUCGGGUGACAGUUAAAGGACUCCGCUGUCGGGUGACAGUUAUAGGACUCCACUGUCGGAUGACAGUUAUAGGACUUUACUGUUAAAUGUUACACAAAGAAGAAUGUAGAUUAUAGCCGGUGGAUUGUUAUUGAAUAGGAUCAGAUUAAAGAGCAACAGAAAUGAGUUACAAGGGGGGACAACUUAUAAACAGCAGACUUCUAAACAGCAGAUUGUUAUAAGGGGAGGUAACUUAUAAACAACAGAAUGUAACUAGGAGGAUAACUCAUAUUACUCAAGUAUUAUAAAUGAAAUUGUAUGUUGUGAAAAAAAUUCAACAAAUAACUGGUAGAAAACAAUGUGAAAAAGGUAGAAAGACAGAGCAUGUGAAAAAACUUCACUUAUGAUAAAGUUCUUAUAACUUUCAUGUGUUCAAUGUUUUUUAAUAUUCUUUAGAUAACAAGACAUCAUUUAUAAAUUCUUGUUUUCUUAUUUGAGGGAGAAAAGUACUUGGGUGUUGAUUGUGAGUGAAAACCUAUGAAUAAUAAAUAUCUUUAAUAAUUAACUUACACAAUGACUGAUUUCACAAGUUUAUUUUAAGUUAAUCUCAGAUACCAUUUUCUAUAAACAUGAUCACACAACAUGUUAUGUGAUGAUGUGUACAGACUGGUACCCUGUGUUUAUAUAGAUGUAUAGGGAUAAUUGAGAAUGAGAGUGUAUGUGAGGAUGAUGGUCUGUAGUAUUGUGUUAUACUGCUGUUUAUAUGUAUAGAAACCUGUUGAGAUCCAGGUAGACAAAGUUUGUGUGAAUUAUCGAUAAUGUUUUAAAUAAUUAAGAGAUGAUUGAAUUGUACAUUAAAACAUUACAUUGUA